CCGUCAACAUUAGCAGCGGUGGUGGAAGCAGCGCUGUCACAACAAGCGUCUGUGUCCGUCUCUGUCUCGGCUUCUUCAUCCCACAGUCGCGAUGUCAACACGGCUCCACGUUUCAACUUGUGUAAAUAUUACCAUCAGUAAAUAAGUCGCUGUUUUGUUUUUUUUUUCUGGGUUUUUUUCACUUCGUCGGAGAAGUUCGUGUGAACGACCGAAGAGGAGAUUGUUCGUCCCGGUCCGAGACAUUCGACGGUUUGUUCGGCCAGGCGAACUGCGACGGGACUCGCAACGUCACCGGUCAUGUCUCGUAGGAGCUCGCGCCUCAUGUCCGGUGGCUACUACCACUCGGAUGAAGAGUCCGACUCGAGUAGCGUGACAAACAUAUCCUACCGUGAAAUCCCUGUCAAGGUUUUCAAGAAGAAGGCAGGGACCCGGAAGCCCAGCUCCCGCACGUCCAGCAGAGCCAAUAGUAAUGCUAGUUCACCCGUCCAACAGUCACCUGUCCCUGCAGGCCAGUUUGAUGGCCGGAGUCCUUCCCCCGCGAGCGGCCACACUCAGCCCACCAUGAGGACGGAACCCUUUGCCUUCACCACGGCCACCCCUCGGCCUGCCCUGACCCCGUCCUCCACCCGGAGUCGGACGCCCACGCGCUGCCCCUCCGUGCCUCCGGAGAAGAGCCCUCUACCCGGGCACCACGGCCCCAGCAGGCCAGGUUUGCACCCGAGGCCCGGCCACAAGGAGCCGCUGAGUCGGAGCGGAGUGGACAGCUCGGGGUACUCGUCCUCCGAGGGCCCUUACAGGAAGCCCACCGGCAGAACGAGUGACGAUCCCAGCCCUGGAUACAGAAGCAGAAUCAGCAGUGCCUUCUUUAGUCUGAUGGACUCCGCCUCGUUGAUGGCCGUCGCAGCACAGUCAAAAAUAAUGCAUCUGAAAGCUUUAGCCAACACUUCACUCAGCAGUCGCGUGAAGAAGGCUUGUGGUCUGUCUAUCCUCCUCCUCCUCCUUGUUCUCCUAUGUAUUUGGUUCCUCCUUCCCUUGUUGACCUCCUUCGUCUCCCACAUGAGGGUCGCAAAGACCCCGUCACUGACAAAGCCCGAGAGUCGACCAGUCGUCCCUGCCACUUCUCCUCCUCCUCCUCCUCAACCCAACACCAUGCAUCAUUCACCUGUGGUGGAUCCGGCCGUCGUCUCUGCUGCGGUAGAAGCGAAGAUGCAGCAUCUUUCGGCAGAGCUGCUGCUGAAGCAGGAAAUGCUUUACUCCCAGAUGAAGGAGCGAAUAAAGCUGGACAUGCAGGGUAUCAAAUCUAGUCUAGAGGUCGUGGACUUGGACAGUCGGCUGCGUCUGGAGCAGGAGAUCGCCGGGCUGGGCAGGCAGAUGGUGGAAUAUCAGACGGACAGCCGAUCGGCCGCAGCCAGCCUCAGCUCCAGGAUCCGAGCUGUGGAGGCCGAGAACGCUGAGGUGAAAACAGACAGCCUAUCUGCUGCUGCCAGCCUCAGCUCCAGGAUCCGAGCUGUGGAGGCCGAGAACGCUGAGGUGAAGACGGACAGCCGUUCUGCUGCUGCCAGCCUCAUCUCCAGGAUCCACGCUGUGGAGGCUGAGAAUGCUAAGCUGUCCCAGCAGUUGGUAUCCAUCCAGCUGAUUCCUCCUCCAGCCCCCUGUCCUGAGACCAGCACUGCCCCGGUCCACAACCAUCUAACCCCAGAGCUCCAACAGGCCAUGGAGAAGUGGCUAACCGACCGCAUCAAGGAGCGGGAUGUACUCAAAGGAAGCGGUGCAGAUUUUGGACGUCCCAUGGCGGACAAAAUGGCUGACUUUGCCCUGGAGACUCAAGGUGCCAGUGUGAUCAGUACCAGGUGUUCGGAGACGUAUCAUAUCCGUUCAGCAUGUGUGACCCUUUUUGGCUUCCCCCUCUGGUAUCCAUCUGAAAGCCCACGCACUGUCAUUCAGGGUUACCCAGUGCUGCUCCCAGGGAAAUGUUGGGCGUUCAACGGUGUCCAGGGAACUCUCGUCAUCUCCCUCUCCCACCCUGUAAGGAUAACUCAUGUGACGCUGGACCACCUGCCGCGGUACAACUCCCCCACCGGCCGAAUCGACUCCGCACCCAAAGACUUUGAAGUCUAUGGAACGAAGAGCGACACACAAGAAGGAACACUGCUGGGAACGUUCACCUACAAUGAGAACGGCGAGUCGACGCAGACGUUUCAGCUGCCUAACCCGAGUGAUGAGGUUUACAGAUUUGUGGAGUUGCACGUCCUCAGCAACUGGGGUCACGUCGAGUACACGUGUCUUUACCGCUUCCGUGUGCACGGAAAGAUCGCCACCACGUGAGAUCCUCCCGACCACAACGUUAUGGAUCAGUUAAACAUAUCAGAAAGGACAUUUUGAAUUUUACCCUUUUUUUUUUUAAAGGAACAAUCCAUGCUGAUGCUACUGAAAAAAAUGACUAAUGGCACUCCAGCAGGUUUCGCCGUGUUUUGAACUGCUUCAUGUUAAAGUGACUGAGAUCAUAGGAUUUUUGGUUUUUAACGCACACGGUGAAGUUCACACUUGCUACCGACUUUACUGACCCACACUUCCACAGAUGGUCCGAGGAUUUGAACCAUCACCACCUCAAGGCUCCCCACCACAAAACAUAAGCAAUGAAUGAUUGAUGAUUUAAUGACGUCCAUUGUUGGGCACUCAUUAUUGAUGAAACUGCCAUUUAUUAUUUAUUUUUUAAUUCAUUGAUGAACCCCUUCAGUCUAUCAAGUGUCAAAAAAAGUAGACAUGCCCUUUUUAAAAUUUCCUGUUUCCCAAGGUGAUAUUUUUCGAAUGUUAUGUCCAACCAACAGUUGGAGACCCAAAGAUCUGUACAUAAAGUAUUAUGAGAAGCUUGAACUGUCAACUUUGAUAAUUAGAAUAGAAGCCUAUUCUUUUUUUCUUAUUUUUGCUGCAGCUCUAAUGUCAAUAUUUUGCAUUUUUGCAAUAACAAGAUCUGAUUCGUGAAGUUCUCAAUGAAGCGAGUAAGUCAAGUUUUAUCUGAACUUCCUGAAGCAGCAAUUUCGCCAUUUUUUACAGUACGUGACAUUAUUAAUAAUAAUAAUAUAUUGGAUUUAUAAAGCGCUUUUCAAGUACCCAAAGCGCUGGAGUUUUGGUUUUCGCUGAUGCUGUGACUGAACAUCCUGUUGUCAACAGUAGGAGUUGGACACACGGCAGAAGUGAAUGUUCUUUAAUCAGUAUUUGUUGGGGUUUUUUGUAAGUUAAAUUUAAUUUAAUAUUCCUUGCGAAAGGUAACAUAUGCAGCUCUGUAAUUGAGUUUCAUCUCAGUGAUUUCUUAAUGGUACUUCAAUACUUGAAAACCUCCUUUUUUCUAACCUCUUUGAAAGGCGUCAUCAUGUUGACUCUGUGAUGUCUGUGUUUCCUUGUAAUUAAAAACUUUUAAUGAUCUUACGGAACCACGAAAGAAAGAUGUUAUUUAUUAGGGAAAAUUAGAAUAUUUCUGCGUUAUGUCUGCUCUGUAGGAUUGGCUUGGUAAGCAUUGUAAUUAUUUUCCAACAUGCGAGACAUACCCUCGUUGAUACAAACAGGGUGGACAAAAUAAUAGAAACACCUGUUAUUAUAACUUAAUCCAAUUCAACUGCAUCAGAGAGGACAUCCUCCAAAAUCCAAAUCAGUUGAAUCAAUAACUUUCUGAAACAGUUUAUAACUGUCCAUCACUCCAUUAUCUAUACCACUUUAUCCUUAAUGGGUCGCGGGGGAUCGGUGAGGAUAAAAUCCUUAAUAUUCUUUACUUUUUUUGAGUGGGACAACAACAUUGACAUAAUUUGUGCUGGUAACACGAAUGAAUAAUUGUAAGUAAUUGCAUUUUCUGCUUAUACUGGUGAUUGUAACUCAUAAGAGGAUUCUAGAGAUUUUAUGUUUUUAUGAUUCCCUAAAACAUCGUCUAACCAUCAAGUGUGAUCAUGAAUUGUGAUUUGGAGCACUUACAAAUCUGUGGGUGGAAGCACUGAUAUUUAAUACACUGAAUUUAAUUUGGAUUUAACUUUUGAUCGUUCCAAAUGUGUGUUAUUUAACAGUGUUUCCUCGAUUUCAGGAAAAAAAGUUGAAGCAUUUAUUUUCGUAUUUGAAAGCUGUUGAACAGCCUGUACUGCCGUCAUGCUGGUAGCUUUUUCCUGAACACACAAUACAGAAAAUAUAAUGUUUGUGUGUAAAGCCACAUGAGUAACACAGAGAAUAAAGCUCCAUACACAUCUGAUGAUAUAUGUUAAUAAUUGAUCUGUUAAUAAUUGAUCUGUUUGUUUUUUAAAUACAAUGAAUAAUUGCUCUUUCGAUUGAACGAUAUAAUUUGCCAGCCUGACGUGUUCUCCAGAGUAUUUGACUGUCAACGCCUAUUUGUAAGCCAAACUGGGAUGUUUGUCUGAUUAAGUAAAUAAAAAACAUUGUAAUAUA